AUGGAGAAUAUCUCCAAUCUUAGUAGCUCUUGUUCAAUCCUCAUUUCUCCAAAUAUAGUAAAUGAUCCAACUGAGCAUUCACUAAAUCUUGAUGAUUUCGAUGCAUAUGAUUUUUUAGUUGAUAAUAGUGAUGGAAAUCAUGAGGGUGCAAGUUCAUCUCAUAGUCAAAAUAACACUCAGCAACUGUUUCAAAAUAUUAAUUUAGAUAUUUUCACAGAUAUUCCAACAGUUUCUAAGGAUCCACAACCACAUUUAUCUCCUGCCAACAAACCACUAAAACUGGAUUUUUCGACCGGACAUGUCAUUGCUAUAGGCGAUGAAACUCCGCUAACUGUGAAUGAUAUCUUUCCAAGCAAUGGGGAUGGGUUUCAAGCUAAACAAGUACCCGUAUUGCAUAACAGAAGGUAUAGGGGUGUAAGACGACGGCCAUGGGGGAAAUUCACUGCGGAGAUGAGGAAUCCAGAGAAGAAAGGUAAAAGAUUGUGGCUAGGGACCUAUGACACACCUGAAGAAGCUGCCCUGGCAUAUGAUCGAGCAGCUUUUAAGCAUCGUGGUUCUCAUGCUUUGCUUAAUUUUCCGCAAAUAAUCGGGUUGCACCAAGAAAAUCCCAAAAGUCCUACUGGAAAAAAAGCGACAUAUAGGGAAAUCUUAGUCCCCGUGAUCAACUUCUUCUUCAUUGGAGUCUUUAGCACUAUUCGAGAUGAUAAUAAGCAAAUAUUUUAA